UUGUUCUGUGACCGGCCGCCAUACUCAAACAAAAAGAUUGAUAUGAAAAAAUAAAUUUAUAUUUAUUACAAUUUGUUGAAAGAGUUUUAAUUUGCUAAAUGAGUUCUAAAUCAGAUGUAAAUAGAAGAGUACUCGCCAUUCAGGCGAAAAAGAAACGUCAUAAAUUAGGUAAGAAGAAAAAUCGUGAGGAGGACCACGGCGGUGGUGGACAAGGAAACGGGCUGCGUAACCAGAAUCAGAACCGUUUAGAACCGACACAUAGCUCUUCCAAUGAGACGAUUGAAGAAGAUGAGGACGAGCAAUACGCCAGUGACGACGAGGAGCAAGAAGACAGUGCUGAUUAUUGUAAGGGUGGAUACCAUCCUGUUAAAAUUGGAGACUUGUUCCUGAACCGCUACCACGUCACUAGAAAGUUGGGAUGGGGUCAUUUCUCAACUGUAUGGUUAUGUUGGGAUCUCGUAGAUAAACGUUUUGUCGCUUUGAAAGUGGUUAAGUCCGCGCCUCACUUCACAGAGACAGCCCUAGAUGAAAUAAAAAUUCUCAAAGCUGUUCGUGACAGUGAUCCUUCGGAUCCUAAGCGAAAUAAAACCGUUCAACUAUUAAAUGAUUUUAAAAUUACUGGUGUUAAUGGAACCCAUGUGUGCAUGGUGUUUGAAGUAUUGGGGCACCAUUUAUUGAAGCUGAUACUCAAGUCUAAUUAUAGAGGCAUACCACGAGAAAAUGUAAAAACUAUAAUUCAUCAAGUGCUGGAAGCUCUGGAUUACCUUCAUACUAAAUGUAAAAUAAUUCAUACUGAUAUUAAGCCUGAAAAUGUAUUGGUUUGUGUUGAUGAAGCUUAUAUACGUAAAUUGGCAGCUGAAGCAACUGAACUGCAUUCCCUAGGCUUGAGAUUACCUCAUUCCUUAAUAAGUACCGCACCUAAGGAAUUUCAAGAACAAGUAGUUACAGCAAAAAUGAGUAGAAACAAAAAGAAAAAAUUAAAGAAAAAAGCUAAACGACAAUCUAUGUUGCUCAAGAAGCAAAUGGAACAGAUUGAAGAGAUGGAAGAACAAAAGAAACUCGAACACAAUAGUGAGUCUGCUCCAAUGUCUCAAGAUAAUGAUGACUCUCCACAAACUCCAGAAGAGGCAAGUGUAAUUGAGACUACACGCUCGGAAAAUGAUAUAACUGUGAAUGGAUGCAUUGGCAUGCCAAGAGCUGAUGAUGAGGCCUUUGAUACAGAUGCUGAUGCUGUUCAGGUAAGGAGCAAACAAUAUGGCUGUGGGGAUGAUGCAGGUACACCUAUGUCUGAAGGUGAGAUGACUGACACUCCUCCUUCUUUCAAUUCUCAGUCCACAAAGGGCAAGUCAAUGGACAAGAAGCCUGAUCCUGCUUUUGAUAUUUGUGAUUUAGAAGUAAAGAUUGCUGAUCUUGGCAAUGCUUGCUGGGUUCAUCGACACUUUACUGAAGAUAUACAAACAAGGCAGUAUCGCUCCUUAGAAGUCCUGUUGAGUGCUGGUUAUGGUACCUCAGCUGAUAUAUGGAGUACAGCUUGUAUGGCUUUUGAAUUGGCAACUGGAGAUUACCUGUUUGAACCUCAUUCUGGUGAUGGCUAUAGUCGGGAUGAGGACCAUCUAGCACACAUUAUUGAAUUACUUGGAGACAUUCCUAAAAGAAUAGCAGCCUCUGGAAAAUAUUCAAAGGUAUUCUUUAAUAAAAAAGGUGAACUACGGAAUAUUACAGGAUUGAAACCUUGGGGCUUAGUCUCGGUUCUCACAGAAAAAUAUGAAUGGAGCCAGCAGGAUGCAGAGGAAUUUGCUGAUUUUUUGAAACCAAUGCUGGAUUUCGAUCCUAAUCGCCGUGCAACUGCAUAUGAGUGCCUUCAGCACCCAUGGUUGAAAACAGCCAAACCUGAAGAAAAAGAAUCUGAGGAAUAAUCUAAACAUAUACAUACAUGUAUUUAUUUAUAUAUAUAUGCUCUCUGCCUGAAAUGGAUGAUAUAUUCAUAAAAUCAUUAGUUUCACUCAACAUACCGAGUAUUUCAGUGUUUUAAAUUUAAUCUAAAGUUUAUUUAUGAUUUGUUUGUGAAUAAUUUAAUAUGUAUUUAGAUUGUUUUUGUUGGCAGUCCAAGAUUGAGAACCAAAUUGUGAGUGAAUAUUGGGGCAAGUCUCAUUGUAUGUGUAUCCUGUACUUGUAACAAAUGGUAGCGAAGUAUAUAAUACACCCGCUGCUCAAGUUGUAGCAACUUAUUGGUCGGAACUUAUAUUAUAACUAGUAAUUGACAUUAUUAUAGACAUCAUAAAUUACCCGAACUGUACAGAUAGCUUUAGGAAAAAUUGUGAUGUAUGACAUGUAGACAAUAUAGGUUUUGUCACAUUAAUCUCUUAGGAAUUUAUUAGUUGACAUAGCUCGGCACUUAAACCACCUAGGGAGUGAGGAACCUACUGUAAUAAAGUCAUGCAUUAAUAUUGUAGGCCAUUCAGGUAGUAUGUUCACAUAGUUUAAGUUUGUGUUUUAUCACUAUCACAAAAAAAUCUCAUAAUGUAAACUUUAGGAAUAAGACAGUAUUUGUAACGCCACACCUCCGAGACUGCCUUUUUGUAAUUUGAUGAGUCAUUUAAAUUUAGUAAUGGCUGGAAACAAAUAUUGGGGAGGCAGCAUGAACAGUGACCUCUGACCAGCUGAUAGCUAUAUUAUUUAUCAUAGAUCCCAAUUUACAUGACCAUUUGUAUUAAUUAUAUCUGCAAAUUUACAUGAAUAAAAAGUCAAAACGAG